UCUAAAGGCCUACUAACUGACCCUGUCUUUUUCCAGGCCUGCCGUGGGCGUGAGUUCGACCUCCCUGUGACUGGCAUUGCCGGGGACAGUGACGAAGAGGAGGAGCAGGUGGUGGCGGACGAUGGUGUGUUCCACACACUGCCUGCUGGUGCUGACUUCCUCAUGUGCUACUCUGUGGCCAAAGGUGAGACAGUUGGAAAAGGGGGGUUUGAGCAGCUUGCGGCCACGGUACCAUGCACUAGUGUUUACUGCGGAUGUAGCGCAAUUGCUCGGAUUCAUAAUAUCAUCCAGAGGCACAGGUGCGGAGGUUCCCUGGAGUUCACAGAGCUGCUGACCCUGGUGAACAGUAAGGUGUGCAAGCGGUCCGUCUCAGAUGCCAUCGGGAAGAAGCAGAUUCCCUGCUUCGCUUCCAUGCUCACCAAGAAGCUUUACUUCCGACCAAAACAUUAGAAGUUUUAUUUUUUGAAAGGGUCAUAGGUGAAUAAUGUUUUAUUAUCCUGCCUGAAUCAUUCUCAUAAUUUGGAACUAAUGUGUUGGCUAAAUUGACAAUGCACCAUCAUAUGGAAGUCAUAAAGUUUCAUAGAGUGGGAUUAACAAUCAUGAAGCGUAAUUCAUUUUGGAUAUAAAUAUAUAUUUAUUUCCUAAAGGUUCAAAUGCAUCAAACAAACUAUAAGAGGGCAGAAAGAAACAAAAAUAAAGUCAAUCACU